UUGCAACAAAUUCAGGGGAAAGACCAAGUUGGUCAUAAUAAUAUUUGCUAUGGCUGUGGUAGAUCUGUUGCACGAGCAAUAAAACACAGCAUUCCCGAAUUUAGUUUUCUCGCCUCAGUUGUAUCAUCAUGGCAUCACCAUGUUAUAGCGGCCAACUUUUUGUGCCAUGGUUGUUAUGUGAGAGCUAAAAGAGAAAUGGCCCAAAGAAAUAUUGUGGAUUCUAACAGAUUUGCAAACAUAGAAGGAAACCAAGUGUUCAAUUAA